UGUACCCGGUACUAUGGGUCCGUCUUCGUAGCACUUCACUUUCACUAUAUAUAUACAUCCUUUUAGACAUUCUUCUUCUUCCCAAUCAUCUCCAUUUUCAACGUUACCAUCAUCAUGAGUAUAUCAAUGGCAACCUCACCUCACACUCGUCUCCUCCACAACACCACCAUCUUCAACCACCCCACCAAAAACAACAACAACAAGCUUCUCUCUUUCUCCUUCAAACCCAUCUGCGCCACCCAAUCCCACGCCACCCACCCUCCAUCUCUCCACACCCAACCCCAACAUGACCGCGUCUUCAACUUCGCCGCCGGCCCCGCCACCUUACCCGAAAACGUCCUCCUCAAAGCCCAAUCCGAGCUCUACAACUGGAACGGAUCCGGCAUGAGCGUCAUGGAAAUGAGUCACAGAGGCAAAGAGUUUCUCUCCAUAAUCCAAAAAGCCGAAUCAGAUCUACGUACCCUUUUACAGAUCCCAUCUGAUUACUCCGUCCUAUUCCUCCAAGGCGGCGCCACCACCCAAUUCGCCGCCUUGCCUUUAAACCUCUGCACCCCAAAGGACACCGUUGAUUACAUCGUUACCGGCUCCUGGGGUGACAAAGCAGUUAAGGAAGCACAAAAGUAUUGUAACCCCAAAGUAAUCUGGUCUGGGAAAUCCGAAAAGUAUACAAAAAUUCCGUCUUUUCAUGAUUUUCAACAAAACCCAGAUGCUAGAUAUUUGCAUAUAUGCGCAAAUGAAACUAUUCAUGGAGUUGAGUUUAAGGAUAGUAAUUACCCUAACCCUGAAAAUGCUACUGGGAUUUUGGUUGCUGAUAUGUCUUCAAAUUUCUGUUCAAAGCCUGUUGAUGUAUCUAAAUUUGGAGUUAUUUAUGCUGGGGCUCAGAAAAAUGUAGGACCCUCUGGUGUAACAAUUGUGAUCAUAAGAAAAGAUUUGAUUGGGAAUGCUCAAAGUUUUACUCCUGUGAUGCUUGAUUACAAGAUACAUGAUGAAAACAGUUCACUUUAUAACACUCCUCCUUGUUAUGGUAUUUACAUGUGUGGUUUGGUUUUUGAGGAUCUUUUGAAACAAGGUGGUUUGAAGGAGGUUGAGAAGAAUAACAAGAGGAAAGCUCAGAUUCUGUUUGAUGCUAUUGAUGAGAGUAAGGGGUUUUAUAGGUGUCCUGUGGAGAAAUCUGUGAGGUCUUUGAUGAAUGUGCCGUUUACUUUGGAGAAACAGGAAUUGGAGGGUGAGUUUGUUAAGGAAGCUGCUAAGGAAAAGAUGGUUCAACUUAAGGGACAUAGGUCUGUUGGUGGUAUGAGAGCUUCUAUAUAUAAUGCUAUGACGAUGGCUGGAGUUGAGAAGUUGGUUGCUUUCAUGAAAGAUUUUCAGGCCAAGCAUGCUUAGAUGAGGAUCUUAAUUCAUACUAUUAUGUCUAGAACAAACACUUGCAUUUACCAGCUUUUUGUGUUUGUUUUUUUCUGCUGAUUAAAAUAGGUCUUUGUCCCUUUUUUUUUUUUGGUCUUUUUCUUAUGGUUUCUUUGGUUUUUUUACCUUGUCUAUGCCAUGUUUUGAUAUUCAAAUCGGGUUGGGUUGAACUAGUGUUUUCAUUAUCUACACAAGUUUGUAUGGAUUUGAAGUAUUAUGGUAAAUUAUGUACAAACUGCAAAUACCUUGAUGUAUACUAGAAAAGAGUCCGAGGAAAGGAAUAGUUCUUGUGGAUAAAUAAACAUGGUGCAAGUUGUGAUUCUGUUGAUUGUGGCACCCAGGUUCUUGGUGUGUAGAUGUUUUAAUAGACUCAUGUAUCAUUGAAAACCAUGUAUCAGUUCUUAUUCUGGUUGUGGCAAGUUGUUUAUUGAAACAAUCAGAACUUUCAAUGAUGGACUUGAUUUUGUUUACA